AUGUCAGCCUGUGCUGCUGUGCAUGACAUGCUGCAUGUAAAGCUUCAGCGUACAGUCUCAACUUGCCGACCUGCUCCACCCGCUAUGGAGGCUUUCCUGGCUGCGCCAAGCACCCGCGCUGUGGGUCCCUCCACAGUUCCACUUCACUCAGCGAAUGUGGCGAAGCAGCCUCUACGAGAGAACUCGAAUGCCGCGGCGGUCGUCGGCAGCUGGGCUGUCAUUGGUGCCGCCGUCGCCUUCACGCGUCGCGGACGAGGUCGAUGCGCCCGUCAAGCAGAGGUCACAGAAGCGGAAGCCUUCGAUGUGUGGAACCCUUCCACCUACGGCAACAUCACCAUGGAUGAUGUGAAGAAGUACGGAGCAGCAGGGACCCUCUCCUACGUGAUUACUGAGCUGAUCUUUUGGGCGGUCGCCUUCCCCACCGAAGUCUUCAUCUACCUUCAAACUGCUGGCCACUGGCCCGACUUCAGCAAGCCGGAGGAGAGUGCCGCCGUCUUUGGCAUGGUCUUUGCCGCCUCCAACGUG